AUGGUCCCCGGAUUUAUACACUCAUAUACUUGGAGAAAGUGUCUAAUGAUGGCAAAGGAACCAAUGGAGCAGAAAGAAGAGACACAGGGUGCAAUAACUGAUGCAGAUAACAUUUAUACACCUUCUGGAGGGAAGAUUGACUCUCAGGGUAGUGGCAAUGGAGCACAGCUGUCUUUCUCUGACGGGCAACAGACUCGAGAUCAGUCUAGGGAUGUUGGCGAAAUCAAUACGGAUAGAAUAAAUAUUGCUGAAACUGUAGGUGGAAAUUCCACACGCAAAUAUCUGAAUACCCAUAUCACACCUGCACUGCUUAAGGGGAUGAGACUUGUUGCUUUAGAGACCCCGGAGGAUCCGCUAAGGUUUCUUGGUGAAUAUCUUAUUGCAGAAAGUGAUCGUCGUGAUAAUAAUACUGCAUACAGCAGAGAAGCAGCAGCAGAAACAAAGAUAGGUGGUAUAGACAAAGGAAAUAUAAACUAG